AUGAAGUGUCGUUUCGUUAUAUGCUGCUGUUUGUUGUUUAUGGUAGGACUAUCUUCGGAAAAUGAAAAUCAAAGAAAUAACCCAUAUUCUUUAGAAUCACUUGUUGUCAUUUCAGACGAGUUUCCCAAAGAGAAAGUUAUUGAAAUCGCUAAUAAACAUCUACAAAAUGAUGAAGAAUUCAAAGCCGCUGUUAAUUACUUGAAAAGUCAAGAGUGGAGAAACCUGACAGAAACUAUCAGUAAGAAACCAGAAUGGGUGACACUGAAAGACUAUAUAAAAAAAUUCGGUGUUUCAAUAGAUACCAUGGUUAAGCACGUAGACACAUAUUUACAAAACGUUACCGUAACAAACCUAGUCAAAGAUACUCCCAGAAAUUUAACUUCUUUCUUAUUAGAAGCCGGAGAUGCUAUUCCCCCUGCUCGUCCUCAUGCUCCUGGAAAACCAUUUCUGGUUGCUGAGGCAGAACAAACUCCCGAUUUAGUCACCAUACGAUGGACCAAACCACCUAGCGAUGGAGGAUCUCCAAUUUCCGGUUACUUGGUCGAACAUCGACGAACUGGUUCGCCACACUGGGUUAGGGCCACCCCUCUUCUCGUACAGCUCAACGAGCUUACCAUUAGUGGACUUGAACCAGGCUGGAGGUAUCAGUUUAGAAUUAGUGCUGAGAACGCCGUAGGUAUUUCUGAUCCUAGUGAACUAUCGGAGCCUAUAACAGUAACGCUACAAAGAUCUGCCGUAACAGCACCGCGAAUCACACAGGAAUUACAGGACACUAAUGCUUUAGAAAACGAAAAAGCUGAGUUUGUAGUCCAUUUUCUUGGCCAACCACCUCCAAAAGUUUGUUGGUACAAAGACGCCUUUGAAAUUUUUAGUAGUCGAAGAAUACGAAUCCUUACUGAAAAUGACAGAAGCGUUUUAACCAUACAUCAGUGCUCCUUAUCUGAUGAAGGUGAGAUCAAGUGCACUGCUACUAAUCGUGCAGGUCAUGUUUCUACCAAAUGUAAAUUGGUGGUUGAAGCUCCUCCUACAGUUAGACUCCCAAGGCAAUACGAAGAUGGCUUGCUAUUUGAAAUGGGAGAACUAAUCCGACUUAAAGUUUCUGUUGCGGGACAUCCGACUCCAUUGGUUUUUUGGAGCCAUAACGGAGAAUCGAUUAAAAACGACGAUAACUACGAAAUCGAAUAUGUCGAUAGUUCAUCAAUUUUGAAAAUAACCGAAGCUAAACGAGAAGAUAGAGGUGAAUAUUUGGUAAAAGCUGUCAACAAAUUGGGAGAACAUACACAAUCUUUCUUAGUAACUGUAACAAAUAAACCUUCUCCUCCGGGACGAGCUAGAGUAGUAAUGGCUUUGGGAAGAUCAGUAACUCUAUCUUGGAAUACACCCAAUGAUGAUGGUGGUUGUAAAAUAGGGAAUUACAUUAUAGAGUAUUAUAGAUUAGGUUGGAAUGUUUGGUUAAAAGCUGCCACUAGUAGACAGCUUACGACGAUGUUGGGAGAUCUGAUAGAAGGCAGUGAAUACAAAUUUCGUAUAAAGGCUGAAAGUCCUUAUGGAAUAAGCGAACCUAGCGAAGAAUCGGAGAUUAUAUUUAUUCCUGAUACAAAAAGAGGUAUUGUAGAACCACCUCCAAGAAGUAGAAGUCAACCAAGAGAUAUUCCUGAGACGCCAGUAACACCUGCUGCUAGGAGAAAAAAUAAACCGAGGUCUACAUCUUCUACUAGAGUAGAAGACGAUCAGAAGAUGAUACCCACGACAGUUCCCUUAGAGCAAAAUGCUCCGCCAGUGCGUCCUAUGCGCACAAAAAUAAAAAGUCCUACAAAGACGCCAGAGGCCUCCCCCUUACCACAUAGAAGAGAUUUAAAUACUGUAGCCAAUAAAAGAGAACUGGAAGCAAAACUUAAUAAAGAAAUUUUCUCUAGAGCCGACAGUACAGUAACUCGGGAUAUGGCUUAUGGUAGUCCUGAUAUUAAGAUUAAAAAAGAAGUGACCACUUCAAACUAUUUAACCUCCGCGUCAUCUAAUAUUUCAAGUAGUUCUGGUAGAUCGAGCAGAAGUCCCAGUCCUAGUCCAGAGAAAGUUAGUGAUCAUAAAGUAUACAAAGUUAAAAUUGAGAAACCGCCUCGAAACGACAAGAAUCUCUCUCCAAGUCCUAAACAGUUACGAAAGUCUAGAUUAUCAAGAGAUAAUAGCGAGAACUUAACAGGAAGUUCGGAGUUUAUGUUAGUGCUUUAUCCUGAUGAAAAUCAAAAGGGUCAAUCAGAUUUAGACUUCGAAGAUUCAAUGCCACCUCCAAUGUCGUUGUCAGCACCAGAACUUGGAAUUGAAGCACCCAUGUUCAACCCAAUUAAAACAUCUGCCAGUUCCACUGAGUUAUUGCAUGAAAGAGCAAUGAAUCGAUUAUACGAAGCAGCUAAAGCAGAAGAACAAGAGUUAGAAAGAAGGCGAAAAUCUAUCGAAAUGAGAGGACUGAAUAUAGAGAUUCCAAAAAUUCAAAUAAAUUCCAAGGACCGGCAUGAUAAACUUGGCAAGAUAAACUUGAACUGGAAAGAACAUAGUCUUAAGAGUUAUGAUGAUGUGAAGGGUGAUAAUAUUAUUGAAACUAUUGACAAAUCUAACCUAAAUCCUGAAGAAAAGCGUGAAAUGAUGAUGAAAAGGCAACGGUCCGAUUCAGAAGAAAUAGAAGAGCAGAUGUUCGAAGAAAUACGAUCAAAAAUGUCAGUGAAAAAACAAAGUAGCACAGAAAAACGCAAAAUCAAUAUAGCAGAAGUUGAGAAAUGGGCAGAUGACUAUGUCUCAAGUACAGAAGAUUCCUCUUUCGAAGAAGACGAUGAUGAAAUACAUAAAAGUGAUCAAAAAUUUUCCUUUUACGAAACAGACGAAGAAGAAGAGACAUAUCAUCCAAGAGAAUUAAAAUCCAUGUCGUUUACCAAAGAGGAACCGUUCGAAAUUUUAACCAAAAGGAAACAACCACCUAGCCCAGAUUUUGUACCCAAACCGAUUCUGAAGAAAAAGGAACUAGAAGAAACGCUAUCAACCUCUCCUACAAGCUCUCCAAAGUUAAAAAGAUCUCUUUCACCAAUUCCUCCUAGUUUAAAACCAAAAGAUCGUCAUGCUAGUUUAGCGGAUAAGUCACACACUCUUCCCUUAUUGCAGAAAACUAUUCCCGAAGAAGUAACUACCAGCUCUAGACCUAGGUCAAUAUCACUUACAGUAGAUGACGUCAAUGAAGAUGAUGAAAACAACUCGACUCAAAGAAAAAGGUCAUUUUCUUUAUUACCUCAAGACGAACUUCUUCCAGUUUCAGAAGUUAAGCCCAACAAUACAAGAAAAAGAUCUUUCUCUUUAUUGCCACAAGCUGACCUUCUUCCUAUUGUAGAGGAUAAACCCAUCAUUGGUAGAAAGAGAUCAUUUUCUCUUAUUCCUUCUGAUGAACCAAGUACCACAAUAGCUCCAGAAAGCAUAUACAAUCUUAAUCCGCCCAAAAUGUCUUUUUUAAUGCAAACUAUUUCUGCGGCUGCUACAAUUUCUGGAAUAACAGCAGCAAGCAUUGUCAUACCCGAUCGGCUUGUAGAGAAACAAAAAGAUGCCGAAGAGGCUAAAGUAGUGGUAGAUCACUACAGUGAUAUUGUUAGAAAUUACGGCUCUAGAAGGAGGUCUAACGCAUCCUCUAAAUCUAAUACUUCAAUUAACAAAAGCCAAGAUUCUUUGCAGAAAAGCAAUGACUCUUUACCUCGGGUGGAAAAAAGCUUAGAAAAUUUAACAGAAUCUAAGACAACCCCAACUAAGCCCCAAAGUAAUCUUAAUAAGCAGGGAAACGCUUUCUCUUCAACUUCUUCUGCGGAAAGUGGAUAUCUUAGUUCUCCAAGCCAAUCAGCUUUGGUAGCUAACAAAGAUAAUGCAACAGUAGAUAAAACUACAUCUCGUGAAGGAUUAGCUCAUAAACUAGAUUCUGUAGAUCACAAGUCAAAAUUACCUGCAUCGGAACAACAAAGUAAUAUUGUUUCUCCAACACCGGGAAAAUCAAUUAGUAGACCAUUUUCCCCAACGCCCAAGGAGCAAAUGGAUCGACCAUUUUCUCCCACAAGACAGCCUGAUAGACGUAUUUCGUCAACACCCGAAAAAGAAGUAAAUCAAUCAUUUUCUCCAACGAGAGACUCUAAUAGACCGUUUUCAUCAACAUCAGAUGAAACAGUAGAUCGCCCGUUUUCUCCUACAACUCAAGCCAAUAGAAUAUCAUCAAAGCCUGAAAAACAAAAUAAUCGACCAUUUUCUCCAAAUUGCGAAAAACAAACUCCUAGACCUUUUUCUCCAACUAUCAAUAAACAAGAAGAUACUCCUUAUCCAGAUCCAUCCUCUUCAAUAGAACAUUCCAGCAGAAGAGUUUCGGCAUCACCAGCUCGCAAACAAGAAAAACGAAAAGCUGCUUCUCCAUAUCCCAAAAAUAGGAGGACGUCACCAUCUCCUAUGAGAGUAAACGACCAUUACACAUCUGAAAUACCAAAUAAGAGGAAAACUUCUCCUUCUCCAAUGCGCAGUGUUAGAAAGACGGACCCGUCUCCGAUGAGAAUAAGACCACCGAAGUUAAAAGAAAUUAUGACACAGACUUCUGAAGGACUGGGAUCGAUGGAUGAAAAUUAUCCGGAAUUUUUACGAAAUCAAAGGCAGGAGGAACUACUCGCAGAGGCAGAAGUCAAGGUGCACCAUUUCGUUGACUAUCUAACGGAUUUGGCCAUGUUUUCGGUAGCAUGUUGGUUCUACCUUUUUAGUAAUGAACUAUUUGCUAUACCUGUUUUAUUGGUACUGGCAUAUAGACAGUUGCAGGUGCAAUUUAGACAGUUCCAAGACAAAUGUAUACAGUUUCAAGAUAAAUGUAGGCAAAUUCCAGAAAGACUAGCGAAUAAAGUUCCCAGGUGGGUUUUACGCCUAAUGCGAAAAACGAAGCCAGACUGA